CCGGAAGACAGCUUCCUAGUUUUGACCUUGGGUCUGGUGACCUGUUGGUGCAGGCUGCGAUGGAGUCGGAGUGGGACCCUCUGAGGACGCUGGGGGUGGUUACCGCCGUGUGCCUGCUGCUGUGGGCGACUUGGGUGGUGGGCCACACAGUGUACGUCUACCUGCUGCCCCAGGCACGCCGGGGCGCCCCCUGGCUCCGGGCGCAUGGAGCCUGGGCAGUGGUGACAGGUGCCACCAGCGGCAUCGGCAGGGCCUACGCACACGAGCUCGCCCGGAGAGGUCUGAACAUCGUCCUCAUCAGUAGAAGCCUGAGCAAGCUGGAGCACGAGGCAAAGGAGAUAGAGCGGCUUCAUGGAAAGAUCACACGGAUCAUCCAGGCCGACUUCACCGGGGGCUUGGAGAUCUACGGGGCCAUUGAGGCAGGACUGAAGGACCUGGAGAUCGGAAUACUGGUGAACAAUGUGGGCAUGCAAUAUACACAAGGCUUGAAGAAACUGCUCGACUGUGACAACGUCGCCAAAAGACUCCUGGAUAUUAUAAACUGCAACAUACUGUCUGUGGUCCAGAUGACUGGAAUUGUCCUGCCCCAAAUGGUCACCAGGGGCAAAGGCAUCAUCAUCAACAUCUCUUCAGGAUCUGAAGCGAGACCUUGUCCACUUUUAGCAGUGUACGCGGCCACUAAGGCCUUUGUGCGAAGCUUCUCCAUGGCGGUGGGCGCAGAGUACUUCUCUCAGGGGGUCGACGUGCAGACAGUGAGCCCCUACAUGGUCUCCACGAACAUGACCCAAAACUCUCACUGGGGAGUGAAUGCCGAAGACUUUGCUCGGCAGGCGCUGGACACCCUUGGCCUCACCUCCCACACCCCUGGGUGCCUCAGCCACACUUUGCAGACUUUCCUGGUGUUUUUCGUGCCCAACUGGUUUUCUCUCAGUCGCUGGGGAGUGAAGUUAGCAUCUCUGUGGGCGAGCAAGUACAAUGCGAAAUUCGGGAAAUAA